AUGCAGGCGUGCGAGGGCGCAGCGGCGGGACGCCGCGCCUUCGACAGCAUCUGCCCGAACCGCAUAGCGGAGUUGCGGGGCCGGCCCCUUGGCAAGCCCGGGAAGCCAGAGAGGAAGUUCGCCCCUCCGCGGACGUUCUUCCCCGGAUGCAGCAGUGACAACCCGGUGUCGGUGUACGAGGAUCCCCCGGGCGCCGAGCCCGCGGCGCUGCCUGCCCUCACCACCAUAGACCUGCAGGACCUCGCCGACUGCUCGCUCCUCGCGCCCGACGCGCCGCUUGCAGGGGACUCGGCCGCCUGGCAGAGCCAUGCCGCCGCGCAAACGGCGGCGGACUUGGAUCUGCAGGAUUUCAGAGACACGGUGGAGGAUCUCAUCGCAGACUCGUCCUCCUUGAUGUCACCUCCCGCGGCCAGCAGAGACUUCCCCUUCCCUUCUUGCGACACGCUGCCCUUCGGGCCCUGCCUCUCCCCGCCGCUGGACCCGCGCGCGCCGGCGCCGCGCCCCGCGGAAGUGCUCCGGCCUGAGCAGUACUGGAAGGAGGUGGCCGACCAGAACCAGAGGGCGCUGGGGGACGCGCUGGUUGAGAACAACCAACUGCACGCGACGCUGACGCAGAAGCAGGAGGAGAUCGCGUCGCUCAAGGAGCGCAACGUGCGGCUGAAGGAGCUCGCCGGUCGGACCCGGCACCUGGCCUCGGUGCUGGACAAGUUGAUGAUCACGCAGGCCCGGAGUUGCGGGGCGGCCACCGCCAAGAGGAGCCUGGAGGAGCUGCUCGUCACCGCGGGGCAGGACUGUGCGCAAGUGGACGCCGUCCUGAGGGACAUUUCCGAGCGCUGCGAUGAAGCGCUGCAGAGCCGCGACCCCAAGCGGCUCCGCCUGCAGCCGGAGUCGGCGAGCCUGGCCCGCGGGCCCGCGCAGCUGCACGGUGCCUUCCGGGGGCUGCGCACGGACUGCCCGGCGCGCGCGCUGGACCUGAGCCACGGGGCGCUGGAGGAGGGCGGCUCCUUCUGCACCCCCAUCCGCAGCCACAGCACCAUCCGCACCCUCGCCUUCCCCCAGGGCAACGCCUUCACCAUUCGGACGGCCAACGGGGGUUACAAAUUCCGCUGGGUCCCCAGCUGA